CAAACAUUCAACAGCAAGAAACAGAGAGUCUCACAAGGACAACUUCAAAUCACAAUUUCUAAUCCAAUCACAUUAAUCACUGAAAUGGCUGACAAAGAUUUGUUAAUGCUGGAAAGCUACUUUGAAAGUGAAUGCGAAUUUGAUUCAGAUGACACCGACUUUGACGAGCUGGACUGCUCUGAUCCUUUGGCCAUUAGCAGCAGACGCGACCUUCACGAAGGACUCCGUAUCGAGGUCACCAGGGAGCCUCUUAGCAUGCGCAGCGUUGCUAAUGUAAUAAUCGCUCUGCAGAGGCUGAAGCACACUCAAAGUGUUCAGUCCACUGAGUUCACUGACCAGGAGCUCUUCAAUAUCUUCAUGGAGAAUGUAAUUGAAGAGAGCAUGACGAUCAACUUGAAGUGCAGUCAAUCCAAGAGUUACAGCAUGCAGGACAAGGUUGUGCAGUGCACUUUAUAUGACAAGUCUAAAAAGGCCUUGGUGCAGAAGGAAAAGCUUCCUUUUCUGCUGGCCAUCACUCUGAAGGCUGGACAAGAGUCAAAUAAAGCAUGGUUCAACCUCUCAUCCUUCGCUCCACCAAACUGCACAGCAAACACAAAAGGCCAGCCUGUAUGUUUGGGGAUUGUAAAGACCAACCUCUUUCUCUCAUGCACGCUGAACAACGGAACUCCUCUUCUAGGCAUCGAGGAGGUAAAAGACAAGCAGAGCCUGAAGUCCAUCAAGGAGAAUGAUGGCAUGGAGCGCUUCCUUUUCUUCAGAAACGGCAGUGGUGACUCCCUUAACACCUUCGAGUCGGUCAAAUACCCGGGCUGGUUCAUCACCACCUCAAGGGACGACUUUAAGCCAGUGCAAAUGUCUCAACAGCAACCCACUCCCCUCCAGCUGUUCACACUCGAGGAUGAGAAAGUAGUCUCUCAGAAUGAGAUCUGAUUCAGAAAACCAGUUUCCAGAAAGUAUGUACUAGGUACAAGUGUAAAUCUGGAGGCUCAUUUUAUGUUUAAUUAUAUCUCAGCUUGAGGUAUCUAACUGUUCUGUGCUUGUUUGUGGUUUUGCAAUAAUGACAAGAUCAGUUCAGAAUUAUGUAUUUUUAUUUAAAACAUUUUUAUUUUUGGAGAUAUCUGACUUCUCUGUGCUUGUUUGUGGUUUCACAAUAAUCACUAUGAGUUGUAUUUUGUUAUUUAACUUUAUUUAACUUAUUACAAAGUUUGCAUUAAUUUAAUCACUAAUUUAUUGUUAUAUUUAAAAGCCUAAUAAAAUAUU